GCCUCUCGGCGCUUGCCCAGGACGAGGAGCAGUGCUGCUCCUGGCGCUGCAGGUGGAGGAGAGCUUCUCCUCCUCCGCCUCCUCCUUUUCCUCGGGAGCUUUGGAAGCGCGGAUUCCUCCCAGCGCUCUCCUCUUCUCUCUUCCUCCGCACUUUUCCUUCAGGGCGCCGGAGCAGCGUCCCAUUCUUCCUCAGAACCUGGAUCAGACUCUGAAUCUAAGGAUCAGGAACAGAAGGAAACUUCAGGAGAGCAAGGAGCAGGUGGGGCAGGAGCCCAAGAAACAGAACAACAACAACAACAGCAGCAGCAGCAGCAGCAGCAGUUGAGUGAAGAGCAUCAGAAUGCAUUAGAACAAUUUGCCGGUGUUGCAGGCCACAGCACUCCUGUGAAAAAAGAGCAGGCCACUGACAAAGAACGUGAAUUUGCUGCUGCUGCAGCAAAACAACUGGAAUACCAGCAGUUUGAAGACGACAAGCUAUCGCAGAAAUCAUCCUCCAGCAAACUCUCCAGGUCUCCUCUAAAGAUUGCCAAAAAACCAAAAAGCAUGCAGUGCAAAGUGAUCCUUCUGGAUGGUUCAGAAUAUGGCUGCGAAGUGGAGAAACGCUCCAAGGGCCAGGUGCUGUUUGACAAAGUGUGCGAACACUUAAACCUCUUAGAAAAAGAUUACUUUGGUCUAACAUACCGAGACAUGGAAAACCAAAAGAAUUGGUUGGACCCAUCCAAGGAAAUAAAAAAGCAGAUUCGAAGUGGUGCUUGGCAUUUCUCAUUUAAUGUGAAAUUCUACCCUCCUGAUCCUGCCCAACUUUCUGAAGAUAUUACCAGGUAUUACCUCUGUCUACAGCUGAGAGAUGACAUUGUUUCUGGACGACUGCCAUGUUCUUUUGUUACACUCGCACUUCUGGGUUCCUACACAGUUCAGUCAGAGCUUGGUGAUUAUGAUCCUGAUGAGUAUGGAAGUGAUUAUGUCAGUGAAUUUCGCUUUGCACCAAAUCACACAAAAGAACUGGAAGAUAAAGUAAUAGAGCUUCAUAAAAGUCACAGGGGAAUGACACCAGCAGAGGCUGAGAUGCAUUUUUUGGAAAAUGCCAAAAAAUUGUCCAUGUAUGGAGUAGACCUUCACCAUGCCAAGGAUUCUGAAGGUGUUGAAAUCAUGUUAGGGGUUUGCGCAAGUGGCCUUUUGAUAUAUCGUGACAGAUUAAGAAUAAACAGGUUUGCUUGGCCCAAGGUUCUCAAAAUUUCAUACAAGAGGAAUAACUUCUACAUCAAGAUCCGACCAGGUGAAUUUGAACAAUUUGAAAGCACAAUUGGGUUUAAAUUACCCAAUCAUCGUGCUGCAAAGCGUCUAUGGAAAGUAUGUGUUGAGCAUCAUACAUUUUUCAGGCUCCUGCACCCAGAGGCUCCUCCCAAAAAAUUCCUUACACUGGGCUCCAAGUUUCGCUAUAGCGGAAGGACACAAGCUCAGACGAGGCGAGCCAGUGCUCUUAUUGACCGCCCUGCACCUUACUUUGAGCGUUCAUCAAGCAAACGGUACACUAUGUCUCGCAGCCUAGACGGGGCAUCAGUGAAUGAAAACCAUGAAAUAUACAUGAAGGAUUCUAUGUCUGCUGCAGAGGUUGGUACUGGCCAAUAUGCCACAGCAAAGGGCAUCUCUCAAACCAACUUGAUAACCACUGUGACACCAGAGAAAAAGGCAGAAGAAGAGAAGGAUGAGGAGCAAAUUAGAAAAAAGAAAGCAGAAGAACUCACUCCAGUUUCAGCCAAGCCAUCUUUGCUGGGCACUGGCUCAUUACCUCCUUCACCAUCCUCACAAUCUGGUCCUUUUGCAUCCUCAAUAAAGCUCCGUAGGAGAUGUAAGGAGAAUACACGGAAAGCAUUAGAUUGCGAGGCAUCCAAAAACACUGUUCAAAAGCAUGGUGAGGCUGACUUGGACUCUGAUAGAAAAGGAAGAGUUUGCUCAGUUGAGCACGAUGCAGCGUUUAGCUAUAAGCAAAAACCUGGGAAAGGUGGGACAUUGUUUUCCUUCUCCUUGCAGCUUCCGGAAUCAUUCCCCACUCUCCUGGAUGAUGAUGGUUACUUAUCCUUUCCCAACCUCUCUGAAACCAACUUUCUGCCACAAAGUGUGCAGCAUUUCCUUCCCAUUCGCUCACCCUCCCUUGUGCCUUGUUUCCUUUUCAUCUUUUUCUUUUUGCUGUCUGCCUCUUUCUCAGUGCCAUAUGCUCUUACUCUCUCCUUUCCUCUGGCUAUGUGCCUCUGCUACCUGGAGCCCAAGGCGGCCUCCUUGAGUGCUUCACUUGACAAUGACCUGAGUGACAGUUCAGAGGAAGAGACCGACAGUGAAAGGACGGAUACUGCAGCUGAUGGUGAAACCACUGCCACAGAGUCUGAUCAGGAAGAAGAUGGUGAUCUCAAGACACAGAAUAGUCUGAUUAAGCGCAUAAAGGGUGAAAAUGUGUAUGUCAAACAUAGUAAUCUUAUGUUAGAGGAACUAGAUAAAAAUCAAGAGGACCUGAUGAAACACCAGACUAAUAUAAGUGAGCUGAAAAGGACAUUCUUGGAAACCUCCACAGAUACCACGGGGGCCAAUGAAUGGGAGAAAAGACUUUCAACAUCACCAGUUCGGCUUGCUGCAAGACAUGAAGAAGCUCCUAUGAUUGAACCACUUGUGCCUGAAGAAACCAAAGAAGAAAGAGAAAAAUCUGAAAAGCGUAUAUUUUUGCAGAAUGAAAGUACUACAUUCCUUGAUUCUCAGGGCACUGAGGACUGGGUUAUUGUAGACAAAGUACCCAUUGAGGUAGUUGAUGGUGAAUCGAAAACCUUUGUGACAUACAAAGUAACGACUGUGAGCAGUAAAACUGGUGACAUCCCAGCUGAUCUUUCAAAGACCAGCGCCAUUGAUAUACAGAGCUUUGAGGACUUGGAAGGUGAAUUGCAAUCAAAAGAUGACAAUAAGCAGAAAAUGUACACCUUAGGAAAAUCCUACGACACUGUCUCUGGGAAAAUUGUUACCAUGACCACUAAAGUAAAAGAGGGAGAAAAAGUGGUACCAUCAUCCCUUGAAGCAUUUCAAAAAAUGGAAAGGGCGGUGCCAGAAUCUGUGAAAAUCAUUCCAGUAGUAGCAGAAUAUGAAAUUCUAGAACCAGUUACUGAUGAGAAAGCCAGAAGGUUAUCUGAUGCAAAAAGAAAAGUAUCAGAAUCGUUGACACCCAUUAAGGAGACAGAUUCACGGCUGCAGAGUCCCGAAGAGGAAAUUGUGAAGAAAACAUUAAAGAUGGACCAGGAUUUGCAACUGCGUGAUGGAGCAGGGAGCGUGCCAAUUACCAAAACUGAAAAAUCUGUGGAAAGUGAAAGAAUAAAAGGAGAGGCAUUUGGUCGGAAAGAUAAAAGUAUAUCUGAGUGGAACUAUUCCAGAGAACCACCUUUUACCAUUGCUACUGCUCACUAUGUUACUGAAUCAACAGCCUCAAGAGUAGUGAAAAAGCAACUCUCCGGUGAAAAAACUUUGGAUGGUUCUGAUAUCUUCACUUUAAUAGAGUCUGCAAGAAAACCAACAGAGUUCAUAGGAGGGGUUACAUCUACUUCACAUAGCUGGGCACAGAGAACAGAAGCAAAGUCCAGUCAAGAGAUACACCCUGGUGACAAGCCACCCAAAGAAGAGCAGAAGCAACAACAGCAACAGGAGACCGUAAAGAAGGUUGUGCAGGGAACCGUAAUUGUGGAGGAAAAACAUGUGAUGAGUGCGCAUGCGAGUGGGGAUGCUGCUAAAUUGGCUGCCAUUCAGCUGGAUGCUACAGCAGAGGCAGUAUCUCAUGUGGCUUCUAGCAUCCAAGGGAAGGAGGGCCAUGCAGUGACUGAGGGGGCUAAAGAGGAAAAAAGGCGAGAGGCUGAAAAAGCUGUAACCAAACAGGAAGGAACUGUUACUGUUUCUCAUGAGCAUGUGGAAGAGAAGCAGAGUGCAACAGCCCAAGACAGAAAACCUCUUUUUGAGUCACCAAUUGUGAAGACUGAAGCAAUUAGCUUCGGCAGUGUUUCUUCAGGUGGGGAGAAGAUGGAAAUUUCUAUGAAAGAAGUACCUGUCGUUCACACUGAGACAAAAACCAUUACAUACGAAUCAUCUGAGGGGGAUCCCAGUGCGGACUCUGAACCAGGGGUUCUGAUGAGUGCACAGACAAUCACAUCUGAAACUACCAGUACUACAACUACAACCCAUAUCACCAAAACAGUAAAAGGAGGCAUAUCAGAAACAAGAAUUGAAAAACGAAUAGUGAUCACAGGCGACGCAGACAUUGAUCAUGAUCAGGCGCUGGCUCAGGCAAUUAAAGAGGCCAAAGAGCAGCACCCUGACAUGUCAGUGACCAAAGUAGUGGUACAUAAAGAGACAGAAAUCACACCAGAAGAUGGGGAAGAUUGACCACAGGAGUAAUGUACCUUUCUUACAAAGUCAUCAUAUACAUCAUUGGGAAUACAGAAGCCUACAUGGAGUCACGGUUAUAACCCAGCAGGCUUGCGUUUCUCCUGAGAAAUUUUCAAUGUGGAAGAAGCAGUCUUGAUUGCUACUAAGGACACUGGCAGAAAUAUUGUCCCAUUUACAGCAAUCUGAUUCAGCAUUAAUAACCCAAUAUUUGCAUGAAGCAACAAAUUACAAAAAGCAGCAUUUUAAUUUUUCUCAACUACAUUUCCAUCUAUACCUGCACGUUCAGCAAUGAUGUAAAAUAAUGAACUCAUGCUACACAUAAAGCAGUUCAUGCCUUCACACUUAUUGAAAGUCUAAAUCACAGUUUCUUAUCAGCAAAACUUUUGUUUAGGGUAAGAGCACCCUGAAAUGCUAGAGGCUGUAUAGAUACUGUGUGUAAUGUUUUAUCACAUUAGAUGUGCCAAUAACCCACUUGAUUCAGUAAACAAACAACUUGAAUCUUACACUUGUUUUCAUCUGGUUUUAUCACUCUUAUCUAAUAAACAAUGGUGGGACUCUAAUCUUAUUUAAAUGCUUACAAAAUGUGCUUUGUUUACCUGAUUUGAAACCUUUAAUAGAGAAUUAUUAUUUUAGCAUUGGUCGGAGUUUCAAAUUAGAAAUCUUGCAGUCACCCUUUUACAAGUCCUCAUGCUAUAAAGUACACUGUGGCUAUUUCAACAAAAAUGUGUGUUUUCAUUAGCAUUUCAGAAGUAUUUGGCAUCAUGACUUUUUAAAAAAACGAUUCCCUUCUUUUCUCAUAGAAACAUUUUAUUUUCACAAAUCUGGUCAGUGUUUCCUAUCUAGGUCGGAGUUAAGCCUUAAACUGUACAGAACACCUACUAAAACAUUCUUUGGUAUUGGUUAUCACUUCCAUUCAAGAAAUGAUGUCUUCAUUACACUGUCAGUCACAUCACAACACAUGGUGAAUGUAUGUUUCUGCAUUGUGAAAUAAAAGUGGUAAAUGCACCCAAAUUUGUAUUGGUCUAUGUCUAAAAAAACCCCUGUAUUCAAACUUUAAUACUAUUUGUAUAAUAGUAAAAGUAUUUUAAUGUGGAUGUACUUCUAAUGAGCUAGAAUUAUGAUACUUAGGCAGGUAUACAUAGAAAAGCAAGGAGACUGAAAAAAAUAUUGUGUAGCCAAAUACUUUCUGUACAAUUGUGUACAUACAAUAGUGCCCUCUAAUUUCUUCUGUAUUAAAUGGGUGUGUAAUGUAUGUCCUAUAAAAUAAAUGAAGAACAUGAUCAAUUAACUAUUUGGGAUAUUAGCUUGAAAAAAUAUUUUCUAUUCUAAAUCAAGACAGAAUUGUUUCAGGAAAUUAUUUAGGUACAAUCUAGCACUAUGUGAAUCAUCAUUUUAAUAGAAAAAAAAUUAAAAAAAUGUGUUUCAUCCUUUCCCACUCUAAUCAGUGAGUCUUAAAAGUAGUUAAAUUGGUCUUUGCUAUUUUGAUUUAGAUAAUCAUGAAUAGUUCACUCAUAUUUUUCUUAAAGAGAAAAUUUAAUAGAAUAUAUGAUAUGGGCCUUUGAAAAGCAUAAGAUAUCAUCAAAAAUGUUCAUUUUGCUGGUGAAGACCAAGCGUUUAUUCAAUUUUGAAUUGGCGCUUCUGUAAAGAAAGGCUAUUUAGGAUAGAGGAAUAUGUAUUUUUAAAGAAUAUAUAUAUACAUACAUAUAUAUAUCAAGAAAAACAAAUCUAUAGAGAAAAAUAUAAACACAACAGCUGUAAUCUGGUAGUUUUUCACAAAUGGGGAACUUCAGGACCUGUUCAGAUUUUCAGUUUCAUCCAAAGGUUCAUUUUAGUAGAGAUGUGGACAACUUCGCCAUAACAGGGUGCCAAUAAUCUACCCUGACGUAUGAAGGCAGGCAGCAGGGACUGCCCAAAAUUCCUUCCAAUUUUGAAGGAGAAGGAGAACAACCCAGAAGUGCCAAAAUGUCCAGUUUAUUUUUUAACAUAGAAUCUUUUAAACAAGUUUCAGCAGAAGGAAUGCUUCAACUUGUUGAAAAGGAAAAAUUCAACUCUUAAAGGCAUCCAGGAAAGGCAAAUUAUCCUUGUGUUAGCAGGAAAUGUGCAAAGGGGAUACAUGAACUGGGAUAUAUGAACAAUGACACUAUGAACCCGAACACUUACACAGGGCCUAAACAGGUAGCCAUCAUAAUUUCUAGUGUCAAAGGGCUGGAAUUACCAUAAAAACAAUGAAUGCUGCAUUUCUACCCUCAGGCAAAUUGAUGAUUUAUAAAAUUGACAUCUCUCUGUGAUUCUAAACGGGACAACAGUAUGUUAGUGGGUGGCCUUAUAUACAAGCCUGCCAGUGGCUCUGUGCACUUUCAAUUGUCAUGUUGGGUUUUUUACCAUUUCAGUGAGUCCUAUUAAGCUGAGGGCAGCUCCACAAAUCCUGUUUUACUGGAAUUUCUGAAAAACUUUAAAUUAGGGUAAAGGUGAUGCUUUGUCUUUUAGAUGUUCUUGGGACCAUUUCACAUUAACACGGACUUAAUUCUGAUAAGUGAGUCCCAGUAUUUGUCAAAGUCAUACAGGGGUAGCUUAUACACUUAGAACAACUCCCCAAAUUUUGUAACACAUACAAGUUUGAAGAACUAGUUGUCUGCAAUUAUAAAUAUUAGAGAGUCAGCACCAUUAAACAUAAUAGAAUUUUGUUCCGAAUAAAUAUGCAGAGUAUUGUUCUGUAUGUUUUUCACAUUCUAUUCAUACCUGUAAACUUGGAUAUCUUCUCCUCUCUUGUGCACAUUCUCGCCUACCUGAUGAUUGAUAACAUUACUAUGAUGUUUUUCUUCCCGUUUCACAGAGAUUCCACUGCUAUCGUUUAGGAAGCAGCCCUUACCCAAUAUUUUUUAUUAUUAUUAUGUUUUGUUGGAGACUUCUUAGUUGUAGAACCAUCAUCACCUGUUAUUUAAUAAACAAAGAUUCAGCACUUCUCUCAAGUGUACCCUUCUCCAAUUGUACUGUUUUAGACUAGUAAAAUCAAAGUAUAAUCAACCUGUUCAUCUCUGUGCAUGCCAAAAUUGACUUUUUAAAAAUCUACCGGUGGCAGCUACUAAUGGAAUCGGUGUGCCAUGUUUCUCAGAAUAUUUUCAUCCAAUUUUUCAUAAAGCAUCAAGAAUUUCAUCAAAACAUAUUUCCACCCAAGAAAUAUUUCCUUCAUCAGCCAAAAUAAGUAAGUCCUUUGGCACUGAUUGAUACUUACAUUUAUCCAUGCAUAAGAAAACUAGGUAAAUUGGCCAUAUAGAUGGUUUUAAAAAUGUGGCAAAUGUGAAGUGGGUGGUAGAAUGGAAGGAUGGAUUCUCAAAAUUAAGUUAAAAACGAAAAACAUAUUGGAUACCAACUCCUUUUAAUAAACAAAUCAUAGACCCUAUGGUAAGGUUAUAGCUGUGGCAGGUCAGUUCUCAAAUCAAACAACAGCAUUAUUCCUGUUAAAAAGCAUCAGGAUCCAUUCAAAUCUGUGAUCCUUAAUAUACGACUAGAGAACCGACUUCUGAAUAAACCUGAAUAAGAUUGUGUUGCGCGGUGUAUGGAAUAGACAGAAACUUCUGUCAGAGGCAUUUGCUAUGUUGUCUCUAUUUUAGCAUGGCAUACCAAAAUAACAAUGCUACCAAAAACUAACAUUGUUUUAUAUGAUUUGUCGAUUUAGAUUGGGUGCUCACUAUUAAAAUAAGACGUACACAAUGAUGGCUCAAUGUUCGUGAACUUGUUUGACAGUCCCUCCUGGGGGGAGCUGUUGUUUUUUGGAUAGAUUGUUUUGGGAGGGUUGAUUGACUAAUUCUGUGCCAGAUGAAAUAAAAAGCUCUUGCCUGUUUCUAA